GUAAGAUAGGGUCGAUCCACACCCGAGCUAAGGAGUCGGAAGAGUUGGUGCAGUCGGUGUCGGGUGACAUCGCGGCUCUGGAUGUCGCGAAGAGGCACAUCACAGCGACGGUGACGGCAUUGAAGCGAUUGGUUAUGUUGGUUAGUGCGACGGAACAGCUCACCGCGUUCGCGGCGGAGAAACGCUUCGCGCAG